AUGCGGCUCAUUGAGGCUGGAGCACACGGCGGCGCCGCCGCACGGCUCGACAGUACCGCGCCGCGGGCGGCGGCCCGCAUCUUGCUCGCGGCUGUCAGUGUCGAGUCCGCAGCGAGCGACACUCGGGGCGGCAAACUGUGCGAACAAAUGAGCUGCCAGCAAGCACUUCUCCGUCACUGUUGUCAUCGGCCUCCGUUUCCAAUAAUACGACUGCUCCGAGAGAUCUCCAGGGCAUACGGCUUCUGGUUAACGGCGAAACUUGCUGCAAUUAGCUCACCAUUCAGGCGUGUUGUCUUCGAACUCUACGGCUGGUCGCUGGGUUACGAUCUCAUUGAAUGGCUAAUGGAGCGCCUCAACAUAGAAGAAUCUGCUGAGGCGGUCCACUUAGCCAAUCAACUCUGCCAGUACGGAUACUACUUCCCUGUCAGCGACUCCAAAAAUUUGAUUGUAAAGGACGACAGCUCCCUCUAUCGUUUCCAGACCCCCUACUACUGGCCCUGGCAACACCGCAUGCCGGACAACGUGGAGUACGCCAUCUACCUGGCCAAACGCACACUACGCAACAAGCAGCGCCACGGGCUCGAAGACUACGAGCUGGAUGCACUCACCAGUCUGAGGAAGAACCUGCAGAACAAGUGGGACUUCAUAACGAUGCAAGCUGAAGAACAGGUGCGGCUGGCGAAGGAGCGCAAGAAGGGCGACAAGAUCGUGAGCGACAGCCAGGAGCGCGCCUACUGGCGGGUGUACCGGCCGCCGCCCGGCUACACGCACCACCUGGAGCCCGCGCCCGUGGACUUCCUGAGGAGCUGCUUGGUGCGCACGCGCGUCAAGGUGUCGCAGGCGCUGGACAACCUGGUGCAGCACUGCACCACCUACGUAGAGUACGACCCGCUGCUGUCCGGCGUGCAGCCUUCCAACCCUUGGACCACCGAUGACCCCGCUUUCUGGCUGCUCAACAGUCCCCUAGUCGAAGUUCCAACAGAGAAGAGAGUGAAGCGCUGGGCGUUAUCCAUGGAAGAACUCGUCUCCGACCCAACAGGUUUACAGGAGUUUACCAACUAUUUGCGCAAGGAAUACAGCCACGAGAAUAUCCGGUUCUGGAUGGCCGUCAACGACCUAAGGAGGAGCGCGCAAUCACAGAUUCAUCGCAAAGUAAAGGAGAUAUUUGACGAGUUCCUGGCCCCGGGGGCGCCAUGCGAGAUCAACAUCGACGGCAAGACGAUGGAGAAGGUGCACCAGGAGCUGCGAACGCCCACGCGCUUCACUUUCGACUCCGCGGCCGAGCACGUGUACACGCUGCUGCUCAAGAAGGACUGCUACCCGCGCUUCGUUCGCUCCGAACAGUACAAGGCGCUGCUCGCCGCCGGCGUCCAGCCGCUGCAGAAAAAGAGCGUGGGCGGCGGCGGGGGUGGGGUGUCGCUGGGGCGGCGGCGCGGCAGCGAGCGCAGCCUGUCCGGCUCGGUGCACGAGCUGGUGGCCGCCGGCGUGCGCGAGCCGCCCCCGCGCGUGCCGCACUCACACAGCCAGUCCAACCUCAGCGACAUCCCCUACAGGGACCCUGCUCCAACGAGCAGUAGCAAACCCGAUGGCGAGGAAGCGGGGGUCAGCGGGGGCGGAGGAGAGGAAGAAGAAGACAGCAGCAUCGCGGGUGGCCAGGAGGAGGUGGUGGUGGCGGCGGAGGCGGCGGCGGCGGCGGUGACGGAGGCGGUGGAAGGCUCUCCUGGGGCGGUUCUGGAGACGAGCCCCUUGUCACCCGUAGCUACAUCUGAGGGGGCAGAGGCAGCAGCUGUGCCGCUCGUGGCGGUGGCGGCGGCGUCGGUGGAGGAGGAGGUAGAGGCGCUGCCGGGGGCCGGCGAUCAGCAGCCGGCAGAGGCCGCGCCCGCCCCCGCACCGCCGCCAGCUUCACCGCCGGCCGCCUCCGCCGCCCCCGGCCCGUCGUGCUCGCGUCGCAGCACCGGCGCCGCGACUCGUCCGCCAGCUCCUCUUCAGAGCUGA